GCUGCUGCGCCGCGCCGCGCCUCGCCUCGCCUCGCCUGUGUGUCUCUCUCUCCCCCACAGUGCGCAGCACAGCACAGGUUGUGUGACGCAGGGAAAGGAAAGCGGGGGACGAGGAGAGGGGAAAAAAAAGGAAGGAAGGAGUUACUACUCCCCGCACCAAAAACCAGGCGCCAGCAGCAGCAGCAACCAGCAAGCGGAGAGGAGAUGGAGACUACUACUCCUCCUACUUGCACCGCAGCCGCAGCCGCAGCCCACCACCACCGUCCGCGCGCGCGGCUGCCUCCGCAACGCAACGAGGAGAAGAGUCGAGGAGCCCAACCACCACCCGAGACUUGACCCCCACCCGCGACUCUCAUUCGAUCACGCGGCGCCCACCCACGCUUUUACCCCUUCCUGGUUUCCUCUCCCCUCCUCCCCCUUCCCCUCCCCGCGCGAUCUCCCCAAACCCUAGAAACCCCCCUCCUCCGCCGCGGCGGCGCCGGCGGCGGGGUGUGACGCCGCGGUGGGGGGACGGGGAUGGAGGCGGCGGCGGCGGCGGCCGCCGUGCCGGAGGAGCUGCGGUGCAAGCGCUCCGACGGCAAGCAGUGGCGAUGCAGCGCGCCCUCCAUGCCCGACAAGACCGUCUGCGAGAAGCACUACGUCCAGGCCAAGAAGCGCGCCGCCUCCUCCGCGCUCCGGGCCUCCCUCCGCAGGUCCUCCGCCUCCGCCUCCGCCGCGCGGGGCACGACCCCGCCUGCGCGGAUGGCGGUCGCGAGGCCCAUCUACGGCAGGGUCGCGGGGGAGCCGGUGUACGUGGCGGAGCCGGCGCUGCCGCCGCCGCCGCCGCCGCCACGGAGGAGGCAGCCGGUCCACGGGCUGCCCAUGGGCAAUGCUGCCGGCGCGCGCACCGCGGCGGAGCUGGUCGGGAGGGGCUCGGCGGGGCUGGUUGCCUGCAGCUCGGCGGCGGGGGCGGCAGCGGCCGCAACCUGCCAUCAGUGCCGGAGGGUCGCUAAUACCAUUUGUUGUACAAGCUGCGACAGAAGGGGGUACUGCACCAACUGCAUCUCGAGAUGGUACUCUGAUAUCCCAAUUGAUGAUGUUCGAAAGGUUUGUCCAGCAUGUCGUGGCAUUUGUAACUGCAGAGUUUGCUUACUAGGAGAUAAUGUAAUAAAGGCAAGGGUUCAGGAGAUAUCUGCUGUAGAUAAGUUGGAAUAUCUUCAUAGCAUUCUGGCAUCUGUCCUUCCAGUAUUAAAGCAGAUUUAUUCUGAUCAAUGUUUCGAAAUUGGUGUUGAUACAAAAGCUUAUGGACUUAGGACAGAUAUAAUCAGGGCGAAGGUCAAUCCUGAUGAGCAAAUGUGCUGUGACUUCUGCAAAGUGCCAGUAUUUGAUUAUCACCGACACUGCCCAAGGUGUUUGUAUGACUUAUGUCUUGACUGUUGUCGAGACAUAAGGCGAUCUAGGACCAGUGUUGCAAGAGGAGAAUAUGCUGAAGGUCGUGUGGUAGAUAGAAGUAAAGAUACUUCGAAUAAAAGAGCAAGAAUGGAACCAUCUGCAGAAAGUGCAAAUGAUAAGUCAGUCCCACAACGAAGGGACAUAAAAAAUAUUGACAUUAGAUCUUUAUUCCCUACAUGGAGAGUCAAUAAUGAUGGAAGCAUUACUUGUGGGCCUCAUGAGGCUGGUGGUUGUGGCUCCUCGAAGUUAGUGUUAAGGCGAAUAUUCAAAAUAAACUGGAUUAGUAAGCUUGUAAAAAAUUCUGAGGAAAUGGUCAAUGGUUGUAAAGUACAUGUUCUUGAGAAUGGAUGCUCAUCCUGCAAUGAUGGCAGAACAUUAGAGUUAACUGGUCAUCGUAACUUUGGUGUCUCAACAUGUUCAAAUAAUGGUGGUAUUGAUCGGUUCUGUGUGUUCUCUCCUGUAUUAGAGGACUUGAAAUCUGAAGGUAUUAUUCAUUUUCGUAAACACUGGAUAAAAGGAGAACCUGUAGUUAUCAGGAAUGCGUUUGAGCCUUCUCUGUCAUCAAGCUGGGACCCACUAAAUAUUUGGCGAGGAAUCCAGGAAAUCAUGGAUGAAGAAGUGGAUGACGAUGUCAUUGUCAAAGCUGUGGAUUGCUCAAACCAAGCAGAGGUGGAUAUUGAGCUGAAACAGUUUAUCAAAGGUUAUUCAGAUGGUCACAAGGGGGAAGAUGGGGAAUUGAUGAUGCUGAAAUUGAAAGAGUGGCCCCCACCCAGUGUAUUGGAGGAGUUUCUGCUAUGCCAAAGACCAGAAUUUAUUGUCAAUUUUCCAUUAGUUGAUUUUAUACAUUCCAGGUGGGGGCUCCUAAAUCUUUCUGCUAAAUUGCCCCCAGACACCCUACAACCUGAAGUUGGCUUGAAGCUGUUAAUUGCAUAUGGAAGACAUCAAGAAGCUGGUAAAGGUGAUUCAGUGACAAAUCUAAUGAUUAACAUGGCUGAUGUGGUGCAUAUGCUAAUGCAUACAGCCAAAGGGCAUGACGUAUGUCCAAAGAGGCUACAACCUGAGCGAUCUGAAAAGAUUGCCAAUGGAAUGACAAUGCAUGUAAAUGCUCAUGCACCUGUUCAAAAUUUGAAUGUGGAUAUGGGGGAACAAUCACCUGACCAUGUAAGCUCAAAGUUUGAUGAAAGAGCGCAUGCGUCUGCCUUGCGAUUACAAGAGAAGUCUUCAGAUGCCAAACUUAAUUGUGGUUUCGAAGGCUCUUCAACUGAGUUAUCUUGCUCGUCACAUUCAGAGGAACCAAAAGUUAAUGGUUCAGAAAGAAGUCAGGCUGGUUCUGUUUGGGAUGUGUUCCGCAGGCAGGAUAUUUCAAAGCUGAAUGAAUAUUUAACUGCUAACUGGGAAGAACUGGCAGCUAGUAGUCAGGUAGCGCUCUCUGUAAUGACAUCACAAUUCUUUAUGACGGAUAUUGUUGACAUAUCCUUGAGAAAGCUAUUUCAUGAUUAUCUGUUUUUGUUGCAGGUUAAGAAUCCUAUUUAUGAACAAUCUAUAUAUCUCAACAAGUAUCAUAAAAGGAUACUGAAGGAUCAAUAUGGAAUUGAACCCUGGACAUUCCAACAACAUAUCGGUGAGGCUGUAUUUGUUCCUGCUGGCUGCCCAUUCCAAGUGAAAAAUCUCCAGUCUACGGUUCAAUUGGCUCUUGAUUUCCUGUCACCGGAAAGUUUGGGGGAGUCGGCCCGAAUGGCCCAGGAGAUUCGCUGCCUACCAAAUGAUCAUGAUGCAAAACUGAAGAUGCUCGAGAUUGGAAAAAUCUCUUUAUAUGCAGCUAGUUCUGCUGUCAGAGAAAUUCAGAGAAUAACCCUCGAUCCCAAGUUUAAUCUAGACCUUAAAUUCGAGGAUCAGAAUCUAACUCAGGCGGUUUCUGAGAACUUGGCUAGAGUCACCAAACAACGGAAUGUACCAUGCAGCUGAGAUACUCCAUUUAAAUUAGAUAUAGCAAUUGUACAUGUAUUACAUGGUGUCAUAUGAAAGGAACACAAUGACACAUUCUAAUUGUUAUCAGAUAGCAUAAGCCCUCACCUGUAUAUUGGAAUUGGACUAGGACUAACGGCUGAGCUCAUGUAAACAGAAUAAACGUGGAGCAAUUAUUUAGCAUUAGAUUGUCAGAAUGAGAUUUACUGGGUUGCUUAGAGACUGUCACUUUGAUACAACUAAUUCUUCUGCCGCUUCUGGGAGAAAUUUUACAUCUGUUGACUGUUAUUAAGUAACUUUGCUUAACAUGUUGAACUUGUUACAGUGAGCAAUCUGUAUUCUGGAGAUUGGCACUGUUUUAUCA